AUGUUAAAGAAUAAAAGCAAUACAUCAAUAAUUCUAUCAGCUCAAUACCCUUCACAUUAUAAAGUGAAAUGUUUAAUUGAAGGUAUUAAUAACGGUGAAGAUGUAAAUGAGGUGUAUGAUCUGGAUAAUUCAUUGGUGUCGUUGCUUGAUAAUUGA